UCCGUUUCUUAUUGUACCAACAUCAUCAUCAUCAUUAUCUAGUUAUCAAAUUCUUAAUGAAAAUCAACAACAGAAAAAUGGUGGAUUAGCAAACCAUACAAAUACGAAUGAAAAUACUAAUGUAGCUCAACAGACAUCCAAAUCUCAUGAUCAUAGUAAUGAUGGUUAUCAAUAUUUACUAACAAAAUUCAUUGAAAUGGAAAAACGUAUUGAAAGAAAAUUUGUCAAUUGCUCAAAACAAUUCGAAUCGUCGAUCAAAAUGGAUAAAGCAAACGAAUAUGAUAAAUGUGAUGAAAAAUUCAUAUCAGUGAUUGAAAUGGGAAAACGUUUUGAUAAAUUCGAAUCUAAAUUUGAUAAGUUCUUGAGACAAUUUGAAUCUUUGACAAAGAAUUUCAUCCACCAACAAAGACGACAAUCAUUCAAUAGUCAGGUUGAACAUGGAACAUCUACUCAAUCAAAUGUUGUGUCUAUUGAUCACGAUUAUUAUAAUGCCAAUUAUAACAGUUUGAAUGAGAUUUCGUCAUCGAUAAAAACAUUUGAUUCAGCUAAUCAAUCUGUAUCACUUAAUCAAAUCAAAUCUACCAUUUCUGACGAUUCUAUAAUCACUAUUAGUGAUGAUGAUGAUGAUUUAAUGGGACAAUAUUCCUCGAUCGAUGAAAUUCCAUUUUCCAUAAUUAACAACGAUAAUUCUGUUCAUUCAAUCGAAAGUCAUUCAGAUGUACAGAAUUCAUCAUCAUCAUCCUUAUCGAAUGAAAAUUCAAUCACAACGCAAAUAAUGGAUGAAGAUAAAAAAUUUCCUUGCCCAAAAUGUUCAUAUCGAUUCAAUACUCAACAUAAUCUUGAUAUUCAUAUGAAGACACAUAAAGCGGCUAAUAAAUAUAUUUGUACAAUUUGUGGUGCUCGAUUCACACGAAAAUUUAGUCUUGACCGACAUCUUAAUAUACAUACAGGUGAUUUAUUCAAAUGUGAUAUAUGUGAUUCAUUUUUUACUCAGAAAGAUUAUCUCGUCCUUCAUCGUCGUACCCAUAAUGGCGAUUUCCCAUUCAAAUGUAACCAAUGUCACUACGUUACUAUUCAUAAAAGUUCUUUCAUCAUACAUCGUCGUAUACAUGAUGGAGUGGAACCUUCCUUCAAAUGUAAUCGAUGUGAAUAUGCUACUCACCAUAAAAAUGCACUUGUUUACCAUCGUCGUUCGCAUACAGGUGAACGGCCAUACAAAUGUCAAAAAUGUGAAUUGGCUUACACUAAUUCUAGUGCUUUAUUACGCCAUCGUCGUGCAAAUCAUCCAGAUGAUAUAAUCAACUCAUUUCAAUGUCAAUACUGUGAUUCUAAAUUCACUCGAUCUUUCCUUCUCAUACGACAUCUACGCAAACAUACAAAUUAAUGGCCAUAUAUCAAUAAUGUUCAAUUUUCAAUGUUAAUCUUGAUUUUUGUUUAAUGAAAAUUCCCAAAAAUUCCAGUUUUUUUUUGUUUCUUCGCAAUAUCAUUGAAAUUAAUAUGUUGAUUACAAUAACACAUAACACACAUAUAAACAAAUUUUUUCAACAUUUUGCCAUUCAUUAAUUUGAUAUAUAAAAAAAAAUAAUUU